CGCAGUUAUUGCGUUGUUGUGUUGAUUGGGUUGAUAUCUACGAAGAAAGAAAACUCAAGCUUGAAGAAGUGUUGCAAAGGUCAUCUUUACUGUUGCUGUAAUAAGUUUACGCUUGAGGAAGGUCGCGUAUCCCGUCGCGUGCGUCGUGCGCGUCGUUCGUAAAGUCGUCGCCGUCGCGGUUCGUCAACCGGUAAUCCUUGAGGUCGCUCCUUAAAAGGACUUACGCGUUCGUAAACUUCCUCAAACCAUCGAAGAAUGUCGUUCUUCAACCAAAACUACAACUAUCCUCGCAACUAUAAUGCCAACGGGGCCGGCUGGGUCAACCCGGCCGCCUUUGGUCAAUCGCCAAUCGUCCAGAUGCCAACGCCGGAGUCGUCCGGCUACUCCAGUGCGAACCCCUCGAUCUCCAGCCAAUCGUACGGGUAUGGCUUCGCACCGGGAGUUAUGAACGCACCCGCGGCACCUGCCUAUCCGGCAGCUCCGGCCCUGCCCUAUCCGACGAUGGGCUUCGGGAUGCCCAUGCCAGGUGGUCCGAGUCCCGGCGGUUACGGAGCUCCCGCGAUGCCGGCAAUGCCGAUGCCCAUGCCGGGAGCGUCGUACGGAGGUGGACCGAGCUUUGGAAGUGCCUCGGAAGAUCCCGCGCAGUUACAGGAAUUACCGUUCCAGGCGGUUUCCGUUCCGAUCGCCGAGGGGAUGUUUAGCAGUCUCGGCGAGAGGGGCAGUGGCUUCCGGUCGCAAACCGAUGUCCAGGACUACUAUGUGCUGCGCAACCAGUGCCUUGAGAGCGGGUCGCUCUUCGAGGAUCCGGAAUUUCCGGCGACCUCGUCCUCGCUGAUGUUCUCGCGCCGUCCCGACCGCCACUACGAGUGGCUCCGUCCGCACGAGAUCAGCGAAGCGCCGGAGUUCUUUGUCGAGGGCUUUUCCCGGUUCGACGUGCAGCAGGGUGAGCUCGGGGAUUGCUGGCUGUUGGCGGCUUGUGCCAACUUGACCCAGGACCAGAAGAUGUUCUUGCGGGUGGUGCCGGAGGAUAACAGCUUUGAGGACGAUUACGCGGGGAUCUUCCACUUCCGGUUUUGGCAGUACGGCCGCUGGGUGGAUGUGGUCAUUGACGAUCGGCUGCCGACCUAUCGGGGGGAGCUGAUUUAUAUGCGGUCGUCGGAAAAGAAUGAAUUCUGGAGUGCGUUGCUGGAGAAGGCGUACGCCAAGUUGCAUGGAUCUUAUGAAGCGUUGAAGGGAGGCACCACCUGCGAGGCGAUGGAGGACUUUACCGGGGGUGUUACGGAGAUGUACGACCUGAAGGAUCAAACGCCGCCGAAUCUGUUCCAGAUCUGCGAGAAGGGAUUCCAGCGCAACUCGAUGUUUGCGUGCAGUAUUGAGCCCGACCCCAACGUAACGGAGGCCGAAACCCGCGAAGGUCUGAUCCGAGGCCACGCGUACUCCAUCACCAAGAUCCAGCUGGCGGACAUCGUAACGCCCACCCAGUCGGGCAAGAUCCCGCUGAUCCGACUGCGCAACCCGUGGGGCAACGAAGCGGAGUGGAACGGAGCCUGGAGCGAUCAGUCGGCCGAGUGGCGCUUCAUUCCGGACGAACAGAAGGAAGAACUGGGGCUGAGCUUUGACAACGAUGGCGAGUUCUGGAUGUCGUACCGAGACUUUUGCAAGUACUUUGACCGCAUUGAGAUCUGCAACUUGAGCCCGGACUCGCUGAGCGAGGAGCAAGCGAACCGCGGCAAACUCCGCUGGGAAAUGUCCACCUUCGAGGGCGAAUGGGCAGUCGGAUCGACGGCCGGCGGUUGCCGUAACUAUCUGAACACAUUCUGGCACAACCCGCAGUACGUGAUCCACCUGGAAGACCCAGACGAGGACGAUGACGAGGGCAAGUGUACGGUGAUUAUCGCCCUGAUGCAGAAGAAUCGUCGCUCGCGUCGCAACAUGGGCGUGGAUUGCCUCACGAUUGGCUUUGCCGUGUACCGGGUGACGGAGCGGGAUCUGGCACAGAAGCCGCUGAAAAUGAACUUCUUCAAGUAUAAUGCGUCGGUUGCGCGGUCGCCGUCGUUUAUCAACCUGCGUGAGGUGAGCUGCCGGUUCAAGUUGCCUCCGGGAGAUUACUUGAUUGUGCCGUCGACGUUCGAGCCGAACGAGGAGGGAGAGUUCCUGAUUCGGGUGUUCUCCGAGUGUAAGAACAGCAUGGAGGAGAACGACGAUGAAGUCGGCGUCGGAGACAUCGAUGAUAGGGUCCAUCCCGACGAUAUCAAUCGUGGUGGUGGUCGAUACAUCGCGCCAGACGUCCCAAUCCCGUCGCAACCGUCGCCCCAGCGCCAGGCCAUGGAACGGCUGUUCCUGGAGGUGGCCGGCGCUGACGGCGAGGUCGAUUGGGUCGAGCUGAAGCGCAUCCUGGACCACUCGUUCCGUGAUGAUCUGCCCAAGUCGUCGUCGGUGAACGGGUUGAACAAGAGCUACGCGAACCAGCAGAACGCGUCCAACUACGACGAUGGCGGUGGUGGCGGCGGCGGAUUGCUGGCCCAGCUGUGUGGCCUCUUCUGUAAGGACACCCCGUUUGCGGAGGCAUUCGGGGUCAACGAUGGAGGCGCCGCCGGUCCUGGGGGUGAUCCGAGUGCGAACCUGCAGAAUCAAAUCGUUCCCGUGCAGCGUGUUGACCAGUCCGGCGAUGGCUUCUCGAAGGACGUGUGCCGCUCGAUGGUGGCCAUGCUGGACGUCGACCAGUCCGGCAAGCUGGGCUUCGAGGAGUUCCAGACGCUCCUCACGGACAUUUCCAAGUGGAAGGCCGUCUUCAAGCUGUACGACCAGGACCAGACGGGUCGGCUGAGCGCGUUCGAGCUGCGUGAAGCGCUCAACUCGGCCGGGUAUCAUUUGAACAACCGGAUUUUGAACGGGCUGGUCCAUCGGUACGGCUCCCGGGAUGGGUCGAUAGCGUUUGACGAUUUCAUCAUGUGUGCGGUGAAGAUCAAGACGAUGAUUGAAAUCUUCCGCGAACGAGACACCGAAGGCACCAACAUGGCCACAUUCAGCAUGGACGAAUGGGUCGAAAAAACGCUUUACUCGUAAAGAAA